UUGGACUUCUGUCCCAGAAUGCACCUCAGUCAGGUGAUGGGGGCACUCAUCUGAACCGAGAAAGGAAAGUCAUUGGAGCUGCUUUUGUGCUCAGUUCCUAGUUUAAUUACAGUGUCAUUUACAACUAGAAUAUAAUCAAUGACCAUGACUUUGUUCGACCACUUUAAAUUUACCUUUCUGGAUGAUGGCUUCUGUGCACGGGAUAUUGUUGAUCAAAAAAUCAAUGAGUCCACUUCAUCGGAUGACAAGGAUGCUUUCUAUGUGGCAGACCUGGGGGAUAUCCUUAAGAAGCAUCUUAGAUGGGCACGUGCCUUGCCUCGUGUCACACCUUUCUAUGCUGUGAAAUGCAAUGAUAGCCAGACUGUUCUAAGGACACUGGAAACUCUGGGAACAGGCUUUGACUGUGCAAGCAAGACUGAGAUUCAGCUUGUGCAGUCUCUGGGAGUGGAGUCCAGCAGGAUCAUUUAUGCCAACCCCUGUAAGCAGGUGUCGCAGAUCAAGUAUGCUUCUGCACAUGGAGUGCAAAUGAUGACAUUUGACAGUGAAGUGGAACUAAUGAAGGUUGCUCGGAGCCAUGACAAUGCCAAGCUAGUGCUGCGUAUAGCUACAGAUGACUCUAAGGCAGUGUGCAGGCUAAGUGUGAAGUUUGGAGCCACGCUGAAAAAUAGCAGGCUGCUUUUAGAGCGGGCAAAGGAGCUGGGCCUGGACAUCAUUGGAGUCAGCUUUCAUGUAGGCAGUGGCUGUACUGACCCAGAGACAUACACCCAGGCUAUUGCAGAUGCACGCUGCGUCUUUGACAUGGGGGCUGAGUUGGGCUACAAUAUGACUCUAUUGGAUAUUGGUGGUGGCUUCCCUGGCACUGAUAAAUUCAAGCUAACAUUUGAGGAGAUUACUGCUGUGAUUAACCCUGCGCUGGACAAGUACUUUCCUGCAGACUUCGGUGUGAGGAUAAUUGCUGAGCCUGGGCGAUUCUAUGUAGCUUCUGCAUAUACGCUAGCUGUGAACAUCAUUGCUAAAAAAGUCAACAUGAAGGAACAGUCUGGCUCUGAUGAUAAAGGCAAUGUGACCAGUGACAGAACUCUAAUGUACUAUGUCAACGAUGGCAUUUAUGGAUCUUUUCAAGAUGUAAUUCGGGGAUAUGAACAUGUGACACCCAUUGUGCACAAGAAAAUGAAGCCUGAUGAGCUCAUGUACCCAUGCACUAUUUGGGGUCAUACUUGUAAUGACCUAGACCGCAUUGUGGAACUGUGUAACCUGCCUGAGCAGCAGGUAGGAGAUUGGCUGCUGUUUGAAAACAUGGGUGCUUACACUGUGGCUGCCUCAUCAACCUUUAAUGGCUUCCAAAAACCAGACAUCCAUUAUGUCAUGUCUAGAUCAGCUUGGCAAUGCAUGCAGCAGAUCCAUGGCCACUGUAAAUGUGAAAGCACCCUGGAGCCGCCUGCUUAGCCCUGGGCCACCAUUUGCAGGCUCUAGGUCACCACAUAUGUGGCACCAAAAGGCUGCAAUGAAUUAAGUUGAAUUAAAACCAUAUUGAUUUUCCUCUUAUAAAAAAAACACUGCUUGGACCCAAUGUUAUAGAGCAGUUUACUGUUUUUAAUUUUGUUGUAUUUCAUGCAGGUAUUAAAAUACUGAAACUAUUAAAGAAAAUAUUUUAAAAAAUUAACAAUAUGAAGCAAUAAAUGAAUAAUAAAUGUAGUAGUACCGGCAAGAAUUAAAAGCUACUUUCAUGUCUGUCUACUUAUCUUGACUGAUGAAGUUCAUCUUCUGCCUAACAAUUAAAAAAAAAUUUCAAAACAAAAAAGGUGGUUUGUAAAAGUAACACCCACAUAAACACCAGAACCCAAGAUU